ACUGCAUUGAUCUGUCAUUACGCUUUCCCUUUCACAUAUCUUCCUUCGGCAUCGCGUUUCUUUCACUCGCGAAGCAUUUUCUUGUCUCAUCGGUUCUCCAUGUUGCGAAAUCGACGUGAAUUUGGCCAUUUUCCUGCGAAAAGUGCACUCAAUUUUACUGAAAAUACGGUCAAACGGUGGUUCGGUCGUGUGGAAACGUGUUGAAAGUUGAAAUCGGCGGAAAAUCAUCAAAUUCGGUGGUGAAUCGGUGCGUUGAAAAUCGUGUCGAAUUGUGGUUUUCUUGUGGGCUGUCAUCACGGCGUCUUAGUCUUCGUGUCUUUUCGUGGAAACAUUCCAUGAAACGCUUGUGAAGUGAAAAUUUGGUUUAAGUUGCAGUAAAGUUUUUGGUUUUCAUUUGUGUAAUACUCCGGAAGUUCUUGCUGCAAUGUCGCUCCGACAGUUCCGGAAGCCAACCCUCAGCGGUUCAAACGGAACGACAUCCAGUGCAGGAGAUCAAAAGUUGGAACUGGUCCCCGGUCGGCAACGCAUACAAGCCCUAGUGGACAGUGAAAGCGAAACUGAGUGUACCACUCCCACAAAGGUGAUCCCGGACAAGGUGAUCGUUUCGCCCAUUCCGAUUCCCACGGUUGGAGCCCUUUCCUCCAGUACAGCCACCAGUCCAGUAACACAAAAUGGGACGUCAUCAGUUGAUUCAACAGCUGACCCUGCUCCAGCACCGGCUCCGGCUCCAGUUCUCACGGUUAGAGAUAAGGAGCUAUGCCUGCAGAAAGUUAGGGCUGAACGACCUGAUGUGGACACAAUGCUCGUCCAGGACACAUUGGUUCGACAUCAAUGGAGCGUGGAAAAGGCUUUGGAGGAUUUGAAAUCGUACAAUCCCAACAAAAAGCGUAUGUAUUCACUUUCUCCAGCAACUGUGGUCCAAAAGGCCACCGUGUUGAACAACGUCGCUCGGAAGCCGGACAAUCCGGCGAAAAAACGUCGCGUCGAUGAAGAAGACGGAGGAAGCGACAGCGAAGAUGAGUCCGGUAGACAACAGGACAGGGUCUUUGACAGUGAUGAUGACAGCGACGAUGGCGGCAAUUAUGGCAUGUCCAAAGACCGCAAGGGAGUAUUCGAGUUCCUAAACAAUGGCACGGCCAAUGAGUUGACGGCCGUUAAAACUCUGUCCACCAAAAAAGUAGACCUUCUCAUUGAUCUCCGCCCGUUCACCAGUUGGGAUGAACUGGUAGACAAGCUUAAAUCUCACAAAUCUCUUCAAACGGACAUCUUGAAUCACACCCAAGAAUAUCUGUCCAGGAGAAACAACCUCGUGACCAUCAUGAACAAAUGUAAGAAGAUAUGUCAAAAGCUGGAAUCAGCAAUUGCGGCUGAUGGAGGUCUCAUUGAGCAGCCGUCCAACAUUCCCGAAGGAUUCAAACUUGCCGAGUAUCAACUGGUUGGCUUGAACUGGUUGUCCGUAAUGCAUCGGAACGAUAUGAAUGGUAUCCUUGCCGAUGAAAUGGGUCUUGGCAAGACAAUUCAAGUGAUUGCAUUCCUCGCAUGGCUGAAGGAGAACGACCUUAUCAAACAUCCUCAGCUGAUUGUGGUCCCGUCCUCCACGCUGGACAAUUGGGAUAACGAGCUUAGAAAGUGGUGCCCUGAAUUGAUCAUCAUGAAGUACUACGGUAGCCAGGAAGAGCGCAAGCUGAUUCGAAUCGAUUGGGCCAAGAAUGGUAUUUCCGACGUGGACGUUGUGUUGACCACUUACCACAUGAUGGGUGCUUCCGGUGAGGAGAAGAAAAUGUGGCGAGUAACCCCAUUCCAGUAUGUGAUCUUCGACGAAGCGCACAUGCUGAAGAACAUGACCUCGCAACGGUACGAGAACCUGCUGAGGAUCCGAGCCGAUCGGCGUAUUUUGCUUACCGGUACGCCACUUCAGAACAACCUUUUGGAGCUGAUGUCGCUGCUGUGCUUUGUCAUGCCUAAACUUUUCGGUGGGAAAGUAGAGGAUAUUAAGGCACUAUUCCAACGGAUUAAAACGAAAGACAGCGGAGAAGAUCAGACAACAUUCGAGAAGAACCAAAUUGAGCGAGCUAAGCAGAUUAUGAAACCUUUUAUACUGCGGCGACUGAAAAAGGAUGUGCUCAGCUUCCUGCCACCGAAGACGGAAGAAAUUAUGAAAGUACCUAUGCUAGACUCGCAAAAGGAGAAAUACAUGGACUUAGUUAGCGAAUACCAAAACGCAACUGGUGUGUUCAAAAGCAGCACCGAAAUUAGCGGGAUGUCGAUCAUGAUGGACAUGCGGAAAUUGGCCAACCAUCCCCUUCUCCUAAGGUACUACUUCUCGGAUGCGGAGGUUCGUAAAAUUGCCCGGAAACUGGCCGGAGAUUCGGAUUGGAAGAACAAAAAUAUCGAUGAGACGUUUCAGGACAUUGCGUACUUGUCAGACUUCAAGUUACUGCAACUUAAGGAGAAGUAUACCAGUUUGUACGACCUGCGCAUUCCCGAUCAGCUGAUAGUGGCAUCUGGAAAGUUUCGACAGCUGGACGAGCUACUGCCUAAACUGAAGCGCGAGGGCCACCGAGUUUUGAUCUUCAGUCAAUUUGUUAUGAUGCUGGACAUCAUGGAAAAGUACCUGGACAUCCGGCAUUACGGAUUUCUACGGCUAGAUGGUCAAACGGCUGUUACCGAGCGACAGGAAAUGAUCGAUCUGUACAACCAAGAUCCGAACAUUUUCAUAUUCCUUCUGUCGACAAAAGCCGGUGGAUUAGGUAUCAACUUAACUGCAGCUGAUACGGUUAUUAUCCAUGACAUUGACUUCAAUCCGUACAACGACAAGCAAGCCGAGGAUCGGAGUCACCGAAUGGGACAAACAAAGCCUGUGACUAUUUAUAAGUUAGUAAGUGAAGGAACGAUUGAAGAAGGAAUGCUCAUGAUUGCCCAAGAGAAGCUGCAGCUGGAGAAGGAUGUCACCGACGAAGGUGUCGACAAGAAGGAAGAGCACAAGUGUAUGGUUCGGCUCCUAACUAUGGCCCUAGGUAUGGAUGAGAACAAGGCGGAAACUAUCCUCAAAAAUGAAUCCCCGAAAAAGAAUCAACAGGAUGAAGACUUCUAAAUUCGUAAUCGUUUGUUUGAUUACACCUUUGCUACCAUUCGAAAGUGAUGUUACUUAAGUAUUUGUUUUCCCUAUUUUUUUGUUCUGUUUCACAUCACUCAAAAUUGUACAAAUUCUCGGUAGGAUUCGGUUUUUUCGAAUCCUCAUCCAUUUACUGCUCCGGAUGACUUGUUGAAACCCAUAGCUCUGAACGUUCGCUAGAACAGAAAAAAGGAUUUUUUUAACGGCAAGGUCGAAUGUCUCCAUGUAUUUGUUGUAUUGAAAUUCGUUUACGUCCUGUUAGAUGACUUUUGUCGAAGUAACGAGCAUUGAUGCAUAUAAGCGUAUACAAAGUAUGAUCAAGAAUAAAAUAUUUAACGCACCCCAGCUAAUUUGCAAA